AUGGGCUUCCGCGCAAAGGAGUUGAAGCACGGCGCGGCCGACGCUGUGCGUGCGAAUUCGCUCCGUCUGUUCCGGCCGGAAGAGAGAGCAUGGAUGGGCCGCAGCCGAGCAGCUGCACAGCUGUUCCGCGCAAGAUGGGCUUCCCGCACUGCUUUGGCCUUGACCGCCACUGGUCCUCUUCUGCGCCCCGGCGAGCUGCCGAAACUUUGGGUGCAGCAGAUCACGGGCGCGGGAUCACGCAAUAGCGGGUCGUUCUGCCUUUCUCCAUUGCCAGUGGGGGUCACGCCGCGCGGGCCAUGGCUCCUGGCUCGAAAAUUCAUGCUCCCCGAGGUGGACUUGCGGCAGCAGACGAGAGCCCUGAAAGCCUUGGGCGAGCGGAGCCAAUGGCAAGAAGCUUGGACCUACUUGCAGGAGAUGCGGCGAUGGGUCCGGCCGGAUGUGGUGCUCUUCAACUGCUGCAUCCGCGCCAGCCAGCGAGGCCGGCGCUGGCGCCAGGCGGCCGCGCAGCUCCGCGCGAUCGCGGUGCAGAGUUUGGAGCCCAGCGCCGCGUCCUUCAACUGCGCGCCCCGUUGGCGUCCGGCUCUGCGCAUCUAA